AUGAAACUUCUACUACGCUUUCAUCAAUUGCAAGUGAUCAAGUCAUUUAAUCAAAACAAUGAGGCUACAAUUGAAACCCUUUCAAUCAAUCAAGAUCAUCAUCAAAACAAUUUGAAUGGAAAUUGGACGAUGAAUUUGAUUCAAAGAAGGAACCAACUAACCAAAUCAAAUGAUAAUCUAAGAUGUCAAUCACCAUCAAUUUCAAUUUCAGAAGAAUCAAACGCUCCAUCAUAUUUCAUAGGAGAUGAAUCCAAAUUCAACAAACUAAGAGUUCCAUCCAAUUCAAACUUACGACGUUGUCAUAGUAAUUCAGCAUUAAGUUGUGCAGCUACCAUUGCCAGUGAAUCUGCAAUCUCUAGUCAACAAAUCAUUGAUCAUCCUUCAAAUCCUAAUGAUCAAAAUCAACUAACUCCAAAUAUCACUUCACUUAUUGAACAUAAAACAUUCUUGUGGGAAAUGAUGAGUAGGAAUCAAGCUUUUGGGAAUGAUCAAUUUGAUGUUAAAAGUUUUGAAUCUGAUUUAGGUGCUGGUGAAAGUAGUGAAUCUAUUUAUUGGAAAUCUAGAAGUUCUUCUUGA